GGCCGCGCCGCCCACAUAAGGCGGGGGCAGCGCACGCCGCUCCCGCGCGGCGGCGGCGGCGGCGGCUCGGGCGGCGGCGGCAGGGCCCGGGCUGCGCGGGCGGCGGCGGCGGCGGGGGGGGCCGCAGCAGCAUGGCGCUGGGCUGGCUGCUGUGGGGCGCGGCGCUGCUGCUGGGGCUCCACGUCCUCAUGGAGCUCAGCCCCGCCGUCAACUUCGUGGUGCGCGUCGGCUUCUACUACCUGCUCUGCAUCGUGGGCUCGGUGCUCACGGCGCCCGUCUGCGUCCUCGUCAACGGCGGCCGCACCGUGAAGAACAUGAGAAUCAUCAAAGCUGUGGUCAAGACCUUCAAGUAUUUCUUUGGCCUGCGGUUUGAGGUGAAAGGCCUGGAGAACUUCGAGGUGGAGGGCCCUGCUAUCAUCGUGUCCAACCAUCAGAGCACCCUUGAUAUGAUGGGGCUGAUGGAGGUCCUGCCCGAUGACUGUGUCCAGGUGGCCAAGAAGGAGCUGAUGUACACCGGCACUGUGGGGCUCGUCAUCUACCUAGGCGGUGUCAUCUUCAUCAACAGGAAGAGCACCAGCAGCGCCAAGAUGGUGAUGGCUGAGGUGGCCAAGACCAUGGUAACUGACAACGUGAAGGUGUGGGUGUACCCGGAGGGCACGAGGAACUGCACCGGCGACUUGCUGCCUUUCAAGAAAGGAGCAUUUCACAUUGCUGUACAGGCACAGGUCCCAGUGAUCCCUGUGGUGUAUUCCUCCUUCACCACCUUCUAUAACCCGAAGAAGAGUCUCUUCACAUCAGGCAAAAUCAAGGUUGAGGUUCUGCCACCAAUAGAGACCAAAGGUCUGACAUCAGAUGAUGUCGCGGACCUCACGGACAGAUGCUUUCAUAUCAUGAGGGAGACCCUUUUCAGGCUGUCAGGCCGCCCAGGCGAAGUGAAGGACUCUUCCUAGAUGCUUCUCCAGUGGUGUCACCAUGUGGUGGCUGAAGGGACCUGUCUGUUGCCAAAUACCAAAGGGACUUCUCUUCCUGGGCAGUGACUUCUAACUCUGGGGGCAGCACUGUCUGGCAUGCAUGGGGUGUCAAGCUAGUGCUGAGGUUCCCCACUGAGUGGAUUUCUCUUGUGGGUUCAUUAUCUUGCAAUGAAAUGUCUCCUUUUCCGAGUUUCUCAGGCAUCAAACUUGUGCUACCAAAGGGCUCAAUGACCAGAGAGGUGAGUUCCCCCAGCUCAGGUAGCUGGGGUGGGCCAGUGACAAAAUCCUAGCUGACAGCUAGGCUUUGCCUCACGUGAGCAUGUCCCCAGGCCCAUGUUCUUGCAGGCUCGGUUAGGUGGUGGCCUGGCCCUCUAAUACGCCUAGAUGAAAAACUGCAGGGCAGCAGUUCUGAUCUGCCCAGCCCUGACACUGCUCGCACAGGGCUGAGAAUUGACUGGAAAGCCAAACUCUGCGCCUCUGACAGUGCUGUUCUCAACUGACAUGCCAGCAAGGUCGUGGCACUCAGGCCAGGCCUGAGCUGUGGUUCUGCCAGUUUAACGCUUCUGUACGCUCUGAGUGUGGUGUCUUCCCCUGGGUGGAUUCAGAGCAUGGCAGAGCUCAAGGGCCAUCUCUGGGGAAGGGCCCAGUGACCUUCCCUCCUUGAGAAGCUCCCUUGGGUUACGGCAGUGUCUCGUGCUGGAGUUGUGCACUGUGCAGGCACUCUUGAGCAAAGUCUUUGCCUUUGGAAGAAAGAACCUAGGGCUGAUACCUUCCUUAGGUUCAGCUGGGCUGGGAGGGGGAAUGUGUGGGGCCAAUUAGCCUUAUAGUGUCUCUUAGGGCUUGAUUUCCUUGUCUGUACAAGUGCCCUGCCUAUCUGAGGGGUGCAGUAACAGCGAGGGAAGCAGCAGCCUGACCAAACCAGCACAUGUAGUUUUGGAAGAACUUAGCCAAAUGUUGUCCAGUCUUGCCAGAAACUGUCUCCUGAAUAAAAUAUCACAUUUGCAUUUCUGGCAUUCAGAGCUACCAGCUUGGUAAGACCAACACAGAUCUGCAAGUGAGCUGGUCUGUGGUGGGGUCCUGGGUGAACCUGUCUUCAUCACACGACUGGUUCACAGUGUGGCUCUGGGCACUGUGGGGUAGCGCGUGCGUCUGGCUCGGUGCUUCCUUGGUGCUGGGAAAUCGUGCUGUGUACUUGCUGCUGGUGUGUGUUUGACCUCAUCGGAGCAGGUGCCUUGGUGCCUAUGGUACCUGUUGCUUGUGCUGCAAAGGGCUCUGGUGCGCAUCUCACCGCUUGUUAUGGUCAGCGUUGGCCGAAAGAUGGUGCCUCUCACAUGUGUUUCUGUGCUGAUGUCAGGGGAGCUCUGGGUCUGCAAAUUUUAAAAUUCCUGAGGAGCCGCAGGGACUCUGAGCUGCACGGUUUCCCGCUUGUGGGAAAUGGGCUCCUUCCUCAGUGAAGGAGCUCGGAUAACAGUUCUCCUUGACUCAGUCCCCUGUGCUCUGCAGGGGUCCUGGGUGCCUCACUGGGAGCUGCAGAAGUGCUGGUGCCCUCUGCAAAGGAGCAGGGGUGGCUCAAGCCCAUGCUCCCAGGCUGUAAUCUCUACCUCUAACUGGGGUGCCUCCCCCUAGUCAGGGAGGCCUCAGCACCCUUGUAGGGAGUGCUGCCUGGAGACAGGCUUCUUCAGGCCACUUGGGUAACCAAGGCCGUUGCCUUUUGCAGCCUGUCUCUGGUUGGCAUUUUGGGGGGAAUCUGUCCUUGGCUGGAAAAGGUGUUUGGUGCCCGGCAGCUCUUGCAGAACCAGAAAGCCCCAAGGGAGGGAGCACUCAGGCCGAGCAGGGCUUCAGCUCAGAGCUGUGUAGUCUCAGGGUUCAAACCUGGCAGGGGACAGGUGUGGGGGGAAAUGACCGAAACCAAACCAGCACUUUGAAAAGUAGCAGACAAAUGACUGUGUCAGGGAGGCAAAAACCCAUGAAGGGUCAGAGAGCACUCCUUGCCUCCUGGCUCUGGGGGGAGCAACCGACUGGGGGAAGCUGGGCGUUGUGGCCACCGAUAAGUGUCCCCUGUGCAACUCCUGUAGCAUCUGUCCCCAGAAGGAGGGAACGGUGCCCCUGGGUGCAGUUGUCUGCUGUUCACUGUUAAUUGGGUUGAUAAUAAUGUAUUUGCUUUUUAAAAGUACACCUUUGGUUAUUUAAAUAAA